AGGUUGUUAAGUAAUUCUUCCGAAAUUUCAUGAUUUUUGUUACUUACUUCUGAGUGACGCAUUUCUCUCAUGUAAUUUCUUAAAUUAUUUGUGAUCUACAUGUCGUGGCUGAUUUGACGAUAUUCUGGCUGAUGUUGGUGAUUAGAGAGUGACUGGAUAAGAUUUGGUAUUUUAAGAGGCGGUUGGAUGGAAACAUGUUCCUGGCACGCAGUAGAAACUUAAUCCUCUCUCGAGGACUUCUCCAUAAUGGUGGGGCAGUCACAGUGGCAACAAUCUCAACACAAAAGUCAUUUCAUAAAUGCAGAAUCAAUGAGGUAGUUCAAGUACGAGGAUAUCGUGAUUUUGGACAUGGCAACAAUCGCACGGUGUCGAAGAGAUUCUGCUACUGGACGUUAUUUUUGAUAUUUGGAAUGUUCCUGCCCUGGUCGUUUCUGGCAGAAAAAAUGCCACCCUUUGUCCCGAAAGUGGACGCAGCUGAAAAACUAACAGAAGAGAAUCCUGAGGAGGAAAGGGUCGUUGAGACUUCUGAGGAGCCAAAAAAGAAGAAGAAGAAGCAAAAAGUUGGAUUUCGUGAUCGCAAGAUAAUAGAGUACGAAAAUAGGAUGCGAGCGUAUUCAACGCCUGACAAAAUCUUUCGUUAUUUCGCGACAGUCAAAAUAUCGAGUGUGGAGGGUACUGAGGUCUACAUGACACCCGAUGAUUUUUUGAGAGCUAUUACCCCUGGCAUGAAACAACCAGAUGGUCUUGGGCUGGAUAAAUACAAACGAUUCGACCCUAAGGGAAUUCAGGAUAAAUUGGAACUUGAGCUGAAUGAAGACAGCAUUUUCUACAAGCUGGGAAGCGCAGGACUGAUAACUUUCUCUGAUUAUAUUUUUCUUCUCACGGUUUUGUCAACCUCCAGACGUCAUUUUGAAAUAGCUUUUCGAAUGUUUGAUUUCAACGGUGAUGGAGACGUUGAUUCCGAAGAAUUUGGAAAAGUAGCGACUUUAAUUCGUCAACAAACAAGCAUUGGAAAUCGUCAUCGAGAUCAUGGGAACACUGGGAAUACCUUCAAGGGUGUAAAUUCAGCAUUAACGACGUAUUUCUUUGGUCCUGCCAAUAACCAAAAAUUGACGAUAGAGAAAUUUUUAGACUUCCAGGAGCAGUUGCAGAAGGAAAUCUUGAAUUUAGAGUUCGAACGACGCAAUCCUGACUCUGAUGGAAACAUCACAGAGGUUGAUUUCACUGAAUUGCUCUUGGCAUACGCUGGCUAUCCGCAGAAAAAGAAAGCGAAGAUGUUGAAGAGAGUGAGGAAAAGCUUCAAGGAUAAUCCCAAAGGAAUCAAUAAGGAGGAUUACAUGAAGUUCUUCCACUUUCUGAAUAAUAUCACUGAUGUUGACACUGCUCUCACAUUCUAUCAUAUCGCUGGGGCGUCCAUUGACCAGGCAACGCUGAAGCACGUGGCCAAGACGGUUGCUCAUGUCGAUUUAAGCGACCAUGUUAUUCAAGUGGUUUACACCAUUUUUGAUGAAAACAUGGAUGGACAGCUCAGCAAUCGUGAAUUUGUCGCAGUCAUGAAGAAUCGAGUGCUAAGAGGCCUAGAAAAACCGAAAGACACUGGUUUCGUCAAACUCCUACAGUCAAUGGCCAAAUGUGCCAAGAAUAGUUAUACAUUCGACAAGUGAUUACAUAACGAAUAGGCCCAAUUUAUAGAAAAGUCAAAUGUCCAGUGUGAUUAUUUCAUUUAUUUAUCAUUAAUUAAGAUUCACGGGUGUGUCACGUCUGACAGUCAUUCAUCGUGGCUUCGAUGGCUGAAUUUCUCACAAAAAAUUAUUUCUAUCAUAUCAUUUCGUGUGUAAUGGAAGCCACUUAAUAUUGUGUGACAAUCUUUUCAUCACAAACGUCAAUUGUUCAAUUACUAUACUAUUUGCUUGAAUAAACGAUUUAUUUGGAAAAUCAACAA